AUGGCUAUUAUGGAAACUGCUCAAAAAAUUCGAAAGUCCAAAACUAAUAACUUUACAUCGAUUUUAGUUCAGGUCCUAAAAAAAUACAACUUGACUAUUGAAUCCAAUCCAUCUCAAUUAUGCGACUAUGCUAGCGAACUCAGUGUUAU